AUGUCACAUAGAAAAUACGAAGCACCACGUCAUGGAUCACUGGGGUUUCUUCCUCGGAAGCGGGCAUCACGACACCGUGGAAAAGUAAAGUCUUUUCCUAAAGAUGAUCCGAAAAAACCAAUUCAUUUAACGGCUUUUAUGGGCUACAAGGCAGGAAUGACACAUGUUGUUCGGGAUCUGGAUCGUCCUGGGACUAUUCUACACAAAAAAGAGAUUGUAGAAGCUGUCACAGUUAUUGAGACACCGCCUCUUGUAGUAGUUGGUGUAGUUGGAUAUGUUGAAACACCUCGUGGUCUCCGGUCGUUAACAACUGUAUGGGCAGAGCAUCUGAGUGAUGAAAUGAAGCGCCGUUUCUAUAAGAAUUGGUAUAAGUCAAAAAAGAAAGCGUUUACAAGGUAUUCCAAGAAAUAUUCGGAAACCAGUAAACCGAUUGCCCGUGAACUUGAGCGUAUCAAGAAGUAUUGCACUGUUGUUCGUAUAAUUGUGCACACACAGAUUCGGAAAAUACCUUUUGGCCAGAAGAAAGCACAUGUUAUGGAGAUACAGCUAAAUGGUGAAACAGUUGACAAAAAAGUUGAUUGGGCACGAGAUCAUUUUGAAAAGACAGUAGACGUUAAGUCUGUUUUUGAGCAAGAUGAAAUGAUUGACGUGAUUGGUGUUACAAAGGGUAAAGGGUAUGAAGGUGUUACGACUCGUUGGGGAACUAGGAGACUUCCCCGUAAAACACAUCGGGGUCUUCGUAAAGUAGCAUGUAUUGGCGCUUGGCAUCCUGCCCAUGUCAUGUGGACAGUUGCUCGUGCUGGUCAAAAUGGUUAUCAUCAUCGUACUUCUAUUAAUCAUAAAAUUUACCGUAUUGGCUCUGGAGAUGAUCCCAGAAAUGCUUCUACGGAUUUUGAUAUUACAGAGAAACAAAUUACACCUAUGGGCGGUUUUGUUCGUUACGGACAAGUUAAGAAUGAUUUUAUUAUUUUAGCCGGCAGUACUCCAGGUCCUGUUAAACGUAUAUUAACGCUUCGGAAAUCUCUUUUGGUUCACACUUCUCGCAAAGCUACGGAAAAGGUUUCCCUUAAGUGGAUUGACACAAGUAGUAAAUUUGGACACGGGCGAUUCCAAACACCUGCUGAAAAGAAACAAUUUAUGGGCAUUACUAAAAAAGAUGUGUUACAUACAUCUAAGAGCUUAUAA